ACCCACUCGAAACUGAAAGUUUUGGGCUAAAGCUGUCAUUACGAAGGUGGGAAAGGUUGUAUUUCGUGUCUUUGGAUAACAUUCAGUCCCAUAUCUAUCACAAAUGCGGACAUGAAGCGUUUAAAGUAGCGUUUUGGUCUUCUGCUGUCAGCAUUAUUUUAAGUUAGCUAAGCUAAGCAUGUUGGAAACGCUGGAAUCCAUUUUUGGCUGAUUAACUGUCUGUGAUAGGUCAUUUCGUGUCGACAUCGAUCUAUUUUACAGCUACGUUGUGAUGAUCUGUUAAAACCGAGGCAUGGACCCGGACGCUGAAGUACAGAGCAUAUUAAGACAGGAGGAUGAGGAGAGCGAUGAUAACGAGGAGGAGAAGAAGUGGAAGAGGCCUCCUUCCAGCUAUGGUUCAAUGAAGAGUGACAGUGAUGGCAUGGAAGAAGAGGAUGAGGAGGAAAAUGGGAGGAAAGAAUAUGAAGAAGAGGUUUCCAAGGCCUGCCCUGCACCCUGCCCAGUGGUACCUGAAUAUCCUUCUCAAGAGGUGGCAGGGUUGAGGAUGAUUCGCUCAGGGUCUCCAGAGACUUUGUACACCAUGACCACCCAGCAGACCAAACCACCAGGAGCUGUAGUCAUUGAUACAAGGUCUUCUGAUGUUGAAGUUUGUUCCGAAGCUGACGAUGAGGAGGAUGAUAUGGAUGAAAUUUUAGUCAAUUGUUCCCCAGAGCCACCUGAGCCUGUAGAACUGUUUGAUUCAAUGCAGACUGAUGAGAACAGCCAGCCUGGCAGACUGCACCCAGAGCAGGACCUGCCUCAUAUAUUCAAGAGCAUACAGGACACAGUGGCCCGCCUCAACAAAGAAGAGCUUUUCAAAUUCAAGAUGUCUUUUUGCCAAUGGGAAGCAAGCAUUAGCCUAAAGCAGGUGAUGGAGGGAGACAUUCUUGAUUUUGUGGACAAGAUUAUUGAAAUCCUUGGAGUGGAUCGCUCUCUGUUGCACACUUUAAGUACUCUUGAAAAUAUCAGCAAGAGAGAGGAGGCAGAUAAACUACGGAACGAAUGCAAGAGAGCCUUGAUCCGUUCUCACCUGAAGCACCAUUUGAUCAGGAAACACCACGUCAUUCGUGAAGGAGUCGUUCGUGCUGGAAAACAGAAUCUUUUAGAUACCAUUUACGUUGAGCCUGAGAUUUCCACCUGUGGUCACGGAGGAGUCGACCCCUCCCAUGAGCUCAGACCUCACCCUCCAUCACCUCUCCAGGUCCCCAGCUCGGACACUUUCGUUGGCUUGAACGAUCUGUUCCGACUGCAAAAGGAGGACGGCUCACCAGUGAGGACGGUGGUGACUACAGGGAUCCCAGGAAUCGGCAUGUCUGUCUCUGUGGGGAAAUUCUCCUUGGACUGGGCUGAGCAUCGUGCAAAUAAGGACCUUCAGUUUGUCAUCAAACUUUCAUUCCGAACUUUUUGGCUUCUGCGAAACAGAAACCCUCCACAGGCGAUGUCUGUCAUUGAAAUGAUAGAAUACUAUCAUCCAGAGUGCAGAGACAUGAAAAUCCUGGAGGGAGAAGGCUGCAAAUUUCUCAUCAUAAUGGACUCGUUUGAUUGUUACCACACUUCGCUGGACUGGGAGAAUGCUCCAGUAAUAAACGACAUCUCCACCCAAGCCCAUCCUGACGUCCUGAUCGUAAAUAUCAUCAGAGGGACCCUGCUUCAAGGUGCUCUCGUUUGGAUCUUGGGAAGACGGGCAGCUGUCUCACAAAUACCAUCCAGAUUCAUAGAUGUUGUCACAGAAGUACAGGGAUUCAGUGACGAGAUGAAAGAUGACUACAUAAAGAAACGCUUUAGCAAUGCAGAGCUAUCGGCAAAAAUUGUGGCACACUACAAGCGUUCACCGACCCUCAUUAUGCUCACUCGCCAACCUUUCGUCUGCUGGAUGGUGGCCACGGUGUUUGAACGCUGCUUCCGUUAUCAGGGCUAUGGGGUGCACCCACCUAGGCUGACACCUUUCUAUGUCAGCAUUUUGAUAGUCCAGACCAAUCGCAGACUGCAGUUCUACUAUGGAAGGGCAGAAAAUGAACUGAAAUGGUCCGAUGACGACAGGCACUUGUUGAUAAAGAUGGGGAAAAUGGCCUUUAAGAUGCUGGAGAGGAACACCAGUGUGUUCUUCGAGGAGGAUGUCAAGGAGUGUGGCCUGGAGCUGUUGGAGGUGACUGUGUUUUCUGGCCUGUGCACUGAACUCCCAACUGCAGCCUCAAAUGGGAGGAGGACGUUCUGCUUCAUACACCUCACCUUUCAGGAGUUCAUGGCCGCUCUUUACAUCUUCUCCAUGUUCCGCACUGAGUCCAAGAACAUUCUGGAGUCUGCCCUAUCAUACGCCUCCAAGAUCUUCACACACAAGGACCAGAGCAAGUCAGCAGCAGGCCUGAUCCAGUGUGCCGUGCUACGAACCUUAGACUCCCCGCUGGGCCAGUACGACAUGUUCUUGCGCUUUCUGUGUGGCUUAUUUUCCCCAGACUGCCACCACAAUCAGCUGAGCCGCUUGCUCUACCAAUACAACACACCGAGGGUAGACGGACUGGAGGAGAUGCAGCGGCUGCUGGAGCAGACGAUCCGGAGUGCUGAGUUAAACAACAGAGAGCGUGUGAUGAACUUAAAGGAGUGCCUUAGAGAAAUGACCCAGGAGGAUGAGUGAGUUUGGGUUGUAUUGCAGUGUGAAAUGGCUGUCACUGUCUUGGGAUCUGAUGGAAAACACUCGACACAUCCUGAAGAAACUUAUUUUUUAAAUGAUCAACCUUUAUUUUUACACAUUAGACUUAAUUAAUUAUUCUGUACUUUUUCAGUUAGGUUUCUGCAAUUCUAAAUUACUAAUGUCUAUCAUUUCUUUCAAAGAGCACAUGUGACUCUUACAUUCAGUUUUAUUUUAACCAGCAAUAAUUUUUUUAAUUGUGAAUUUUGAUUUGGAAAAUGAAAAAAAGCAGUUUGAGCAGCGUGCCAGAAAUUGUCAUGUCUGACACCUUCCUGAUAGAAGACUUUUCAGGCAUACAAAAUACUUUAUAGAACCAAUCAAUCUUAUAGAUAACAACCUUGUUUGCUAAUGUUAAGAGGAUAAAACCCUCAAAGAAGCUUUAUUUGCCUUUCUGUUUGUAUGCAGGUGAUUGUUUUUAGAGAGAUUGUUAAGAGAAAAACCUGUGAGGCCUGAAAGAGGAGGGCUGACUUUGUUAUUUAUUGAAAAAUUUUCAAAGAAAAAAAGUGUACAUGGUUUACAAAGAUACCGGAAUGCAAACUUGUGCAAAGAAUGAGUAUUAAACUUUACUUUUAAAAGGUU